AUCUAUAUCUUAACAUUUAGUUAAGUGCUUUACAUGUAUAGCAUAUCCAUUUUACAGAUGUUAAAACUAAGGUUGAGAAGUUAAUUGACUUUCCUAUGGCCACACAGCUAGUAUGAUCUAAGGGAACUCAAAGUUCAACCCUGUGUCCAUUAUAGUACUCGUCAGAUUCUUAAUAUUUUAGAGGUAGAAAUACCAAAAGUUGGCAACUGGUUGGAUUUGGUGUUGGGGAGAGAGAAUAGUCACAAUGAAUGCUAAUACUUGAACUUCAGUGCCUGGAGAAUAGUGAUGUCAUUAAUUAAAAUGGGGAGGCUAGUCCAGAAGGCUGGAUUAGAAGGGAAGAUGAUAAGUUUUGUUUUGGGCUUGCUGAUUUUGGAAAGUCAACAGAGGAACCAGAUGGAGAUAGGUCAGAACUGGAGAUAAAGAUUUGUGAGUCAUAUGAAUAGAAGUGAUAAUUGGAGUCAUUCAAAUGGGUGAGAUCACCAAGGGAGAGAGCUUAGAGAGAAGAGAAGAACAGUUUUUCCAUGUGUGACAAUCCACAUGAUAUUAAUGGAAGUAUUGAUGAAAAUAUCAUGGAAUCACUGAAUUAGAUGGAGCUUUACCUAUCAUUGAAUCCAAUUUUUAACCCCAGGAAUUCCUCAUACACCAAGCUUGACACCUUGGGCAGGUAUCUUCAUAAGGAAGUCUCCUCCAUUUUGAGGCAGUUCCAUUAAGGGGAAAAUUGCUGCUUAUAAAUUAAGCUGAAUUCAGUCUCCUUGAACAUUUAUUAAUUCAUUGAUUUGAUUCAAGUUUUCUAGAGCAUCAAAGAACAAGUUAUUUCCUUCUUCCACAUAAUAAAUAACUCAAGAUAUUUUAAGCCAGUUAUUUACCACAAGGCUUCUCUCUUCCAGGCUAAACAUUCCUGGUUCCUUCAAUUGUUUCUUGUAUUAGGCUUUCCAGACAUAUUUCUAUCAUGGUUAGCCUCUUCUGGAUAAACUCCAGCUCAUCAAUACACCUCUUAAAUUGUGGAUUCUUGUAAUAGAUCAUAACUAUCCUAGUGUAUUCAUUCAUUCAGUCAUUAGUUUUUAAAAAAUCUUACCUUCCUUCUUAGAAUUGGUAUUAUGUAUUGGUUCCAAUGCAGAAGAGUGAUAAGGCCUAGGUAAUGGAGGUUAAGUGACUUGUCCAGGGUCACACAGUUAGGGAGUGUCUGAGGACAGAUUUGGACCCAGAACUUCCCAUCUCUGUGCCUGGCUCUCAAUCCACUGUUGUCUAGUUGCCCCCAAGCCAUUAGUUUUAAGGGGAAUGAUGAUAAAAAUGUUUAUCCCAUAAUACUUGGCUAAUAGAGAACAUCUAAAGGAAUAUAAAUGAAGUGAAAUAUCAUUUAUUAAGUGCUUCCUGUGGACAAAGCACUGGGCUCAAUUCCGAGUAUGCAAAUUAAAAAAGCAAGAUCAGUCCCUGCUCUCAAGAAGCUCAUAUUCUAAUGAGGGAAACCAUAGAGACAGGAGUUGUCAGCUGCAAAGCAGAUGGAAAGGCCCCAUGGUCCUUCGGGUAUAGCAGCAAAGCAGAUGCUAAUGUAUCUUUUUAAUGCUAUUUCUAUGAUAAAACUAUGUUAGUUUGGAGGUAAUUAUUAUUUGACGGUGUUAAGAAUAUCCUUUUUUUGGCCAACAGUGACUACAGCUCUCGAGGAGGUAGGGGCUCUCGUCAUUUAGGGGCAAGGUCACCACCAGGCCCAGUGAGAUGAGCGUGUCCUUUUUCUUGGACACCCUACUUUUUAUCAAUACUAUCCAUGUUUUGGGACCAUCACAGCAUGCUGUCAUUUCACUGAACCUUCAGUUCAUUACUUUUGCUUUUUAACUUCCUCUUCUCUCGUCUUUUUUAUGUAAUGAGUUUCAGACAAACCUGAUGAGGUCAUUUCUCCACCAAGGCAGGUUCCUGGGUCAUAACUAUGGGAGAUGGGUUGGAAGCAGGGCUAAUGGACUAGAGCGCAUUGUCAGACCUGGGCUUUGGGGCUUACCUGCUCAUCUAUGGCAACUGGAGAUCCAUUGUCCCACUGAGCGCCUUGUCACUUUACCUAGGUUGGCUUUCCUGUCAGUCCUUGCAAGUUGUGGUCAUCGUUGGUGGUGGGGAUAGUGGCCCUCUGCUUCACAGGGGUUAAAAGAGUUGGACGUGACUGAAAGCAGCCGAGUCACAACCAAAAUAAUAAAUAAUGGCUCAGGUCACAAUUGAAUACUGAUGACCCUAAAACAGCCAUGGUAGACCUGGGAGUAGCCAAGUGAGUGGUAUCCAUUCAUUCGUACAUUCAGAAGACAUUUUUUAGGUGUCUCAUAUCCAAUUCACUAUGAAGGGUUCUGGGGAGCCAUAGAGAUGAUAAGAGAUGAUUUCAUGAAGCUCAUCUUUAGUAGGGGAGAGCUAAGCCAUAUGUUCAAAAAUGGGUAAUUAGAAAUGAUAAAUUCAUAUAAAGAAUAUAGCAUACUAAGAGAUGAGAUGAGUGAGAUGUAAUUGUCCGCUGGGGAUAGACUAGGAUGAAAAUGAACUCUGUCCUAGACACUGUGCUUGUAUUAACAACGCCGGUGCUUUAAGGCAAUUGUGUCGCACCAUUGACUCAUUGGACCUUUAGUUCAUUAUCUGCAUGUUUUAAAGGACUUUCUCUCUCUCUGUUUUUCACAUAGUAAAUUGCAGGCAAACAUUUUUGCCUUUCAGAAUGCAGUAAAGAGGUAAUGAUUUCAUCUUGCUGUAGUUAAACUGCAGAUAUGCUCGUACAUAUUUAUAUUAGCCUUCACAUAUAUAAGCAUCUAUCUAUAUUUAGUCUUGUUGCUAUGGAUACAGAGAUAAGAAGGCUGGACAUGAUGGCUUUCAUGUAUACGCUUUUAAACUUCCAUCCAUCAUUCUAGCUGCCAUUGUUUUCCCUCUCAAUGUUGACACAAUAAUGAGAUUGAGAAGAAUAACAGCUAGUUUUAAGUAGUUUAUUUAGCUAACCAAUCAUGGAGACCCAUUAACGGGAAUUAAGUCACCCUGCAAUAUUUAAGGUAUUUGCCUUCAAAUUAUUGUUUUUUUUAUUAUCAUUAUUGCAGUUGCUAUUUUAAAAACAUGUAGUGAAAACAGAAUAAGAUAAUUUUUACCCAGCAGCUUGAGCCAUGUUCUAGAUGGCAACAGCUUGCUGCAAACAUUAGGCAAAUAAAAUGCUGGCCUGGGUUUCUCAAAUCAAUCACCGUCCGGCAGUCACUAAACCUUCCCCAUGGUGUUAGAGUAGGCUCUAGAAGGUAAAGUAGAAAAUUCAGGCCACGAUAGAUCAACUGUGCUGUUUGGGGGAAUCACGUCCUUGGAACAAAGUUAGGCAAGAAGAUCUCUGAAUUGUCUUCUAUUCAUAUGAUUCUAAGACUUAGAGUUGAAAGAGGUUAGUGCCAUUGUGCUCAGCCUUGGUCAUGCCCUAUCUGGAAUGCUGUGUUUUCUAUGAUGCCAGAGCUUAAUGAAGGCAUUGAUAAAUCAUAGCAUUCAAUGAAGGGUGACAAGCAAGAUGAGCUUCAGGAACAUGACAGGCAGUUCUUGGUUGAAGCAAUUGAGUAUGUUUAAAUUAGGCAAAAGAAGACUUACAGGGGAAAUGCAUGUUUUCUUUAAAUAUUUGAAUUCCUCUAGCCAUGAUUGAAUAAAUGAAUGAAUUAAUAAAUUCAUACAGCAUUUAUUAAGUUCUCAUUAGUUCUUAUUCUUUGUUAAGCCCUCUGAUAGAUUCUAGGAGUUCUAAUCCCCCCAAUAAAUGCCCUUGGGGGGCUUUCAUUCUAAUAGGAGGAAAGAAUACAUGUAAGGUAGGGAUGGCAUAGCAGCCUAAGUUUGCUCCCAUUCAGCCAUCCCCAUCAAGACAACUCAAUAUUUUUAGGAAAAUUCCCAAGGUGAUUAUUCACAUACAGUCUUGUACAAUUCCUUCUAUUGGUAUUCUGGACUCUUUUUCCUAUCCUUUACUAUUAUAUAUAAGGAAGAAAUGUGAAUUAGGAAUGGCACAGAAGUCUUUCUAAUCCUGACCUAGACACAAACCUUGGACAACUCAUUUCCUUUUUCUGGACUCAUUUCCCCAUAUGUAAAAUGGAGUCAGCUACUCUGACCUUUAAGUUCUACCUCUGAGACUCCAUGUCUUAUCUCCCCCAUUCGAUUACAAAAAUAGCUGACAUUUAUGUAGUGCUUUAAAAUUGGAAAAGGGCUUUAAGAAUAUUUUCUCAUGGGAAUCUCAUAACAACAUUGUGAUGUCAGCACUGUAUAUAUUUUUGUACCCAUUUUAUGGAUGAGGAAAUGGAAGAUCACAUUAGACUUAUUCAUGAUCACACAGCUAAUAUCUGUUAAAGGUGGACUUUAAAAGCCAAGCCUCUCCUGAUUCCAAAUCCAGCCUACUAUUCAACAUUGCUUCUUCUUUGGAGCACAGACUGUUUCUUUAAUUACUUUUUUGUUCCCAUUCCCUAGGGUCUCGUGGUGUAGGGCUUUGCCCAGUGUAGGGGCUCCAUAAAUAUGUGUUAAUGGCAUAGGAAACAGCUUUGGACUGAAUUAUAGUUGGAGAGUUUUUUUUAAUGUUUUUCUUUGCUGUAUUCAAAUUGGGUAACAAUAGGCAACUUGGGACUUCCAAAGUGUCCGGCUCUGACUUUUGAAUGGGAGGGGCCUCGUGGAUGGUCUUUCCCAACCCGUGCCUUGGCACUGUCAGAGAAACUUGUAUUCUGUGACUGAUACUGUCUUCAUCUGAUGUCUUGGCCAUGGAUGGAGAACAGAAUGAAGAAGACAGUAUCAUGGACCUCAGCUAUGAGGUUGAUAGUCCCCUGGCUCCUCCUGUUGAACUUUUGGAACAACUGGCACAUUAUGACUGGUCUUUUCAAGAUGGCGGCCAAACACAGAGCUCCUCGCCUUCAGUAUUCCUGAGGAAACUUAGUGAUCAGAGGGGUCAGACAGUAUUUUUGCAACACAGCAUUCCCAUCAUGACAGAGGAGAUGGCCCGGAAUGCCCUCCUGAGCUUUGUGAAUUCCAGGUGUUGCUAUGGUAACCGAGCAGCUGGGGAGCUGGUCAUUCAGGAUUUGAGGCAGCAGAUGCUCUACAGAUAUCGACUGGAGACCUUUAGUGAAUCCAGGUUAAGUGAAUGGACAUUCCAACCUUAUACUAAUCACUCAGUAGAUGGCCCGAAGAAAGGAACAUCUCCCAGGCCGUGGGACAUCAAAGUGCAUGUCCCUCCCAUGUUUCAAGAGGAGACUAAGAAGUUUCAAGUACCACACUCCUCCUUAGUCAAGGAUUGCCACAAAUGCCAGGGACGAGGACGGUACAAAUGCAGUGGAUGCCAUGGGGCUGGCACGAUGAGGUGUGCCUCUUGCAGUGGAGCCAAACGCAAGGCUAAGCAGUCUCGGAGGUGCCAGGUGUGCUCUGGUUCUGGGCGGAAGAGGUGCAGCACCUGUUCAGGUAGGGGUAAUAAAACCUGUGCAACAUGUAAGGGAGAGAAAAAGUUAUUGCACUUCAUCCAGCUGGUCAUCACAUGGAAAAACAGCCUAUUUGAGUUUGUCACUGAGCACCAUAUGAACUUUCCAGAGGAGUUGUUGGCUAAAGUCAGAGGAGAAAAUAUAUUUAAGGAUGAAAAUGUUAUGGUAUAUCCUAUUGUUGACUUCCCCAAGCAGGAGAUCUCUUUAGCUUCCCAGAGAGGCAUCGCUGAGCACAGUACUGCUUUGGCUGGAAGGUCUCGUGUUCUUCAGCAGCGCCAGACUGUUGAGCUGAUCCCACUCACAGAAGUCCAGUAUUGGUACCAAGGGAAGUCUUACCUCUAUUACAUCUAUGGCCUGGAGAACAAGGUGUAUGCAGCAGACUAUCCGGAGAGAUAUUGCUGUGGCUGUACUAUCAUAUGACAACUGGCCAGGACUCUUUCUGAAGAAGAAAAACAAGGGGAUGAAAUGCACGCCAGUCAAGGAAGAAGAGACAAGGAUUAGGGUUUGAGUGCUCUGGUCCACUUUUUACAAAAUGGAACAUUUGGAAACCCUUGUAUGUUUCAUGACAAAUGGUUCCUACGAUUGGAAUUCCCAAGUAGAUACCUUGGGAACAGCAACUCAAGCACCACUGAAAGUCCAGGAAUAAAUACAUCAACUUAAUAAGGACAA